UGCGCACGUCGGGCCGGCCGCUGGGCUGCGGCGGUCGCGGUGCCUGAGCGAGUCGCUGACUGGCGCGCGGCCGCGGUGCUGACGGACGGCGGAGCUGUCCUGCGACCGGUGAAAAAUGGAGAGAGCUGGGGAGAUUUGGAGGCUCUGAAGAGAUGCACCUUCCUGCCCCUGGCUUCCUCCCUCCUGCUCCCUCCACAGUAGCCCUAGCAUUGUUUGUUCCCCAGAUCAUAUGUAGGGUUAUAAGUAGGAUGUUAGAAUUUACUCUUUUUGUGUAGACAAGUAUUUAGAAAAGAACUUGUGUGAUGGGUAAACAACCCAUUUCUUUAUACCUGCUGAGACCUUCCUGAUAGGAGUGUGUGACACCAUUAAGAAUUGACUUGGCCUGAUUAUGGGGUUGCUCAACAGAAACAGGUAUCCUCACUUAAAAGUAAAAAGCCUUUAGAGGAUGUAGAUAAGGAACAAAUCCUAUAGUCCAGGAAAGGGGGUGUCUUGGACUCUUGUAUUCUGUUUAUCAUCUGAAAACAUAUAUGGGACACAUAUUGUACAUGGUUUCUGUGAGAGGUGAUGCAUCGUUUUUAAUGAUGACUCUCCUGAAUGUCACAGUAUAAGUGGGUGGGGUGAGAUCAUUAGUUCAGCCAGAAGAGUGGAAAACACAUACAUAUCUCCAUGAGCUGUGGGAAGAAAGCUGCACCAAUAACCAGAGGCAGGACAGAAGAAACCAGAGGCCUCAUUACCUGCAGUACUGGCUAAGAAAAGGAGCCAGAGCCUGAUGGAGUGCCCACCCUCACAGGCCCGCAGGACCAGAGGAGUGAGAGCAGCAAGAACCACACUUGGCAACCAUGUCAGCAGAACUGGAGACCUCAGAGGGGGUGGAUGAGCCGGAGAAAAAGAGCUCUAGGGCCCCAGAAGAAGAAAACCACACCAGGAUGGCGGACCUCUCUGAGCUCCUGAAGGAAGGGACCAAGGAAGCACAUGACCGGGCAGAAAACACCCAGUUUGUCAAGAACUUCUUGAAAGGCAAUAUCAGGAAGGAGCUUUUUAAGCUGGCCACCACUGCACUGUGCUUCACGUACUCGGCACUUGAGGAGGAGAUGGACCGGAACAAGGACCACCCAGCCUUUGCCCCCUUGUACUUCCCCGUGGAGCUGCACCGGAAGGCAGCGCUGAUCAAGGACAUGGAGUAUUUCUAUGGCGAGGACUGGGAGGAGCAGGUGCAGUGCUCCGAGGCCACUCGAAAGUACGUGGAGCGGAUCCACUAUGUGGGGCAGAAUGAACCAGAGCUGCUGGUGGCCCAUGCCUACACCCGCUACAUGGGGGAUCUCUCAGGGGGCCAGGUGCUGAAGAAGGUGGCCCAGCGGGCCCUGAAACUUCCAAGCACAGGGGAAGGGACCCAGUUCUACCUGUUUGAGAACGUGGACAAUGCGCAGCAGUUCAAGCAGUUCUACCGGGCCAGGAUGAAUGCCCUGGACCUGAACCUGAAGACCAAAGAGAAGAUUGUGGAGGAGGCCAACAAGGCCUUCGAGUACAACAUGCAGAUAUUCAAUGAACUGGACCAGGCUGGCUCCUUGCUGGCCAAAGAGAUCCUGGAGGAUGGGCUCCCUGUGCACGAUGGGAAAGGAGAUGUGCAGAAGUGCCCCUACUACGCUGCUAAGCAAGACAAAGGUGCCCUGGAGGGCAGCAGCUGCCCCUUCCGAACAGCUCUGGCUGUACUGAGCAAGCCCAGCCUCCAGUUCAUUCUGGCUGCCAGCGUGGCCCUGGCUGCUGGCCUCUUGGCCUGGUACUACAUGUGAAGGACCCACCACCCACACUGGCGCCCUCCUCCCAACCGUUGGCCCGCCUCCACCCACGACCAAACUACCACCUCAGGUGACUUUUUUUUAAUGCUGGGCUCGAGAAGACAAGCAACCAAUAAAAGCCAGACGCUUAAGCCUUUGCCUGUCAGCAUCCCAUCUGCGGGCCAAAUGCUGAACUGGGUGCAGGCCCAUCCUCCCUGCAGCCCCCAGGCCAUGGGAGCAGGAGCAGCCAGCACAGCUCAGCAGGCCGACCUGGGCCUCUGGAACCAACUCUGCUGCCAGGGCAUCCAUGCCUCUGACCCCAAGGCUUGUUCCCUCCGCUCUUCCUUGUUGUGUUGGCAUUUAGGUGGGUAUCUUUCCCGUGCUGGGAGUGGAGUAACCAUCAAGUUCAGGCUCCCAUAGCUCUGUGGGGGGGCCUCCCCAGGUGAGGCUGCUCUUCUGCAGGAUCUCUCCUGGGGGUGGGGACCAGGCUCGCACCCUCAGAGGCCCUGGGAACUCCAUCCUGGGUAGCCAGUCCUCAUGCCUCUCAAGCAGAAACCCUGAGUGGGGUAUGUGUGCCCGUGGCCUGUCUCCUCUGACCUGUGAAAAUGCUACUGCACUCAAUAAAAUGGACUCAGA